GGCGCUACCCAAAGAAGCAGGACCGCUGCGUUUUCGCCGCUGUGCGCCGACAGGAGGGAUGUGACCCCGGAACAGGACGCCACACGCUCCAUUCAAACACAGCGCACAAGAAAGAAAAGCUGGACCAGGAGGGAGCCACAGGAGCAGGGGGGAUGAACCGCGAGGAGGCCCCGGGAAAGUCUCCUGAAGACAUGUACAUCCAGCAGAAAGUGCGGGUCCUGCUCAUGCUCAAAAAAAUGGGGUCAAAUCUUACGCCAAGUGAAGAGGCUUUUCUCCGGAAUUAUGCAGGUGUGGUCCACAGUCAGAUGAGCCAGCUGCCACAGCACAGCAUCGAUCAGGGCGCAGAGGACGUAGUGAUGGCGUUCUCGAGGUCAGAGACGGAGGAUCGACGACAGUGACCACGAAGCCCCCCCACCCCAAUCCCGCCCCACCCGUCCCCGGAUAUGUACGCAACACAGAUGAGCUCAAGUGUGAAGGAUCGACCUGGAAGGGACGGACAGACCUGUUCUGUCGGUCUGCCUUCCAAUUUGGAGGAGACACACUGAAAGCGGAUCGCCGCGGGUCAACUCCUUCCUCAUCCAUCAAAGCGGAUGACUGUGAUAAUGCUCAAAUUGUGUGGAUGAACAUCAAACGUAGUUUCUUUUUUUUUUUUGGUUUGUUUGUUUAUUUUGUCGGUCACGCGUUGGAUCAAGUGAGAAGCAGCGAUGUGAAGUGACUGUGUCAUGAUUGAUCUGUGCGGCCUCUUUUUAUAAACACCCACUGCUCCUUUCAGAAAGUCGCGACAUAAAGUCUCGGAGGCGUUCUACCGAUCGUCUUGUCAUUCAGCGGCAAACACGGACCAUUCCUUUGGUGUGUCCAGCCCCCCCUCCAACCAGGUAUUGAUUUGUCUUGUUGACCAUCACAAUUUUACCACCGACCCCGUCAACAUUACGGCAAUGAGUCAGGUUUUGUCCACGGCCAUGUUAAUUCCUACCUCCGAGGUCAAAAAGAUCAAUGCCCGCACACUCUAAGGAGUUUUGAAGAAAAAAACAAAAUUCCCUACACGUUAACACAUUUGUCAAUGCUCGGCCGUGCGUUUUAAUAUGAAGCCGGCAUUAGAGCUAUUCUCUUCCAAAAUAGAAAAGAAAAAUAACAUGGUCAUCACACACAUUUCAAAGAGCACACGUGUAAAGGCUUACCAACUAACAGUUUUGGGAAAGCUCAGUGUUGAAGAACAAAAAAAAAUGUUUUUAAAAAUAGGAGUGUACACAUGACCCCUUCUUCUUUUUUGGUUGAAUGCACGCAUGCCAAAGCGAGCAGCGAGCUGAUGUGCGCGCAGGUGUUCACGUUCACAGCAGACCGGCCAUUCAUCACCGGUGGCCGAUUAUAGCCGGUGACAGGAUCAGUGUGAUUUAUGUGUAAAACAUUGCGUGGAAGGGGAUUUUCUUUUUUAAACCCCCUUCCUCCCCCUUCCCCACAUUUGAACCGAAGCCCCACUUUGCGCUUGUGCUGCUUUAUUUUUGAACAAGUGUGAACAAAAAAAAAAAAAUUACAUGAGAAGACACAGGUGCACAUUCUGCCUAAAGCAUGGCAGUUGUUGGUUUUGGGUUAUUGAGACAAGGGGGGGGGGGCUUUCUUGUACAGUUACUUGGGAAAAGUGAUUGUGUGCUUUUUUUUUUUUAUAGCACAUUGAGACAUUUGUUUAAAAAAAAAAAAGACAUGUAAUUUAUUGUUUACUGAACCGAUUCAUGUUCCUCGAACCUAUCGUUGCGGUGAUCAAAAGUAUUUGUUCACUUUUAACUCCAAGCAACCAAAACGGCAGAACUGUGUGUGCUAUUUUUUUUUUUUGUAUUGUCUCUAUUGCACUACUAUCAAAUGGGAGAUUGGCAAAAAUAUAAAUAAACAGACAGAUUCUGUUCAGACUGGAGAAAAAAAAAGUCUUUUACUCGACUCGGCAUAUUGAUCUUAACUAAUCAGGGUGCUUUUCUAGUUGCGCUCAGUAUUUAAUGUGUUUUGACUACACUUGGUGUAAUUUAAUGAUGUCAUUGUAACGUUUGAAAGUCUCGCACGUCUGCCGAGGAGCUUCGCCUCGUCUCACCUUGACCGUUGUGCGCUUUUUAUUCCCUUUUUCCCCCCUUUAAUGUCCUUAGCAAUCAUUGUAAACAGCAAAGAAACAUCUUUGCUUCCUUUUUUUGUUUGUUUGUUUGUUUUUGUCUAUGCAUACUUGUUUUCCUCUUCUGAAGCCGUCUUACUGUACAUUUUGCUUAUCAGGGUUGUUCUGCAACCUUUGUUACUGUGCGUGCGUGCGUGUGUGUGUGUGAGAGAGAGAGAGCACGCUGCUGUUGGAUUUUUACUGUGAUUUUCAUUUUUAGAAGAGGAGACUUUGUAUAUUAUUUUAAUCUCAGUCAACAUCGAUUCGUUGUUUUUUGUUUUGGCUGCUGACAAUGUCUUGACCGAAAGCUUCCAAACCUAUACCAACUGAACCAUUAAAGGCAUUUGAAACGGUGA